AUGGCCAUGUACACCCGAUUUCAACCGACCGCUUCGACGUCCAACUCGGCCUCGAUAGCUCUGGAGCAGGUACGUCGUCUGUGGUCUGUCGUCUGUGGUCUGUGGUCUGUGUAUUCCCUUCCCCCCUUGCCCCCUUGCCCCCUCUCACCCAACUGACACGCGCCGCCGAGUGGUGCCCCCGCCUCGGUGUGCGUCCAGAGCAAUGCCGAUCUCACCUUGUUGAACCAGUCGCUGGCCAAAUCCAAACGUAUCACGGACAAGAUGACCUCGAGGCUGGGCGACUUUGAUGAUCGGUGCGUACGGCCUUGCACUCCGAAGGAAGAGGAACCGCGCAGGCUGACUUGCUCUCCGAUAUCUCAGCCUCGCACGAUUGGAAAAGAGCUUGGUCCCGAUCCACAAGCAGACGGGCAGAUUGACGAGGCUGUCCAAGAGUGAGUGUAUUGCCACGCCUAGGCCGGCCAAAGCUAAUCGACGACGACCCGCGGGGCUGCAUGUGGGGCACCCCCCCUCGGUCAACCUGGCGGACACCUUGCUGGGUAGCCCAGCGUGUCUCGGCUCUCAACGCGGUAACUGACCGGACCCUAUUGGAUGUACACCCACAGACCUCGAAAGCACGCUCAAGUCGAUCCAAGGACUGUUGGGCCACCACGACCUCGUCACGAACGAGCAGGAGCUCAUCUCAGUCGGGUUCGUCCAAACCUCGGCUCAACGGCUCAACGAGGCACCGCUUCGUCACGAUCACUCAUAGUCCUUUUACGACAUCCAUCUCCCCACUAGACCCGAUCCAAACGACCUCAAGCCUUACCUGGACGCGAUCGACCGUCUCACGAUCGCGACCGAAGCCGUGCGCAAAACGGAUGCAAAGGGGAACGGCGCGCUGGGUCAAAUGGUGAGCUAUCAGCGAGCCACUCUCGAUCCCACCACCGGCACUGAUCCAGAAUCUUUCUCAUCGCAGGCGGGCCUGGUAGAAUCGGGCGCUCAACAGCUCGUCGCUGUCUUCAGGCAAUGGGUACACGAAACCAGUCCCCAGAUUGAUGCCGGAUCGUUGUACGACAAAGGUAUGCGGGCGACGGGCGGGAUCCAAAGUAUGUGUCGGACCACCCUCAGAAAAGCUCACUGAUUCAAGUCAUCACUCCUGUACAGGCAAACCCUUUCCGACCCUCACCCCGACCUUUGUCGAUUCGGCACUACCUCUGAUCGCCUACAUCCGAGCUCUACCCGAAGUCGGGCCACGCGCCUUCAAGGACUUGCAGAUCGCCUAUGGCCAAGAACGGGCUUCCUUCGUCGAAGCCGCUUUGGCGAACGCGUCCAAGGAUGUGUUGACCGAUGCGACACCGAUGCUCUCGGCGAGCGAUAUGAGGAGGAGCUUGGGCAGGUUCUUGGAUGUCAUGUUUGGGUUGCUCAAGGUGAGCGAAGCUUCGCGCGUUGUCGUCCUCACGAGAACUGAAGCUGCUCUUUGUCUUCCCCUCCGCUCAGUCCGAAUACGCGCUCCUUUCGACCGUCUUUGCCAAUGUCCCACCGUCGACCCGACGCGAGAUCUACUCCAACAUUCUCCCCCCUUCCCUCUCCCUCUUCUACGCAACAGGAACCCAACUCAACGGCGUCGUCAAGAAAGCGCUCGAUGCGCUCGUCCCCAUCGCCUUUUCGACCUUCUCGGAACUGCAAGAACAGAUCGCCGAGUUCGAAGAGUGGGUACGGAUCAAAGCCGCGAGGAAGGACAACGAGUUGGGCGAGCUGUUGCAUGCGUUCAGGGGUACUUGUUUGACUAGUUUACCGGCGAUGAUUGAUACGACAAAGGUGAGCGCAUUGGAGCUGACCGCCCACAGAUGGAAGUGGCUGGGGCUAAUCUGUGAUGGUCUUGACGCAGCAAUGGGGAGCACGAGGAAUCUCUGCGAGUGAAUCAGGAGCUGGCGUCGGCACAGUCACUUUCAAUGUCAGUCUAGGCUCCCCGACCCGUCUUAUCAAAGUACAUGCUGACUCGUUGCCGUUCCCUUGAACCUAGGUCGUCAACUUUAUGCGUCAACUUUCGGACAACCAAACCGUCGUCGAAGGCUUCCUCAACGUGCUCGGUCCGGGCAACUGGGGCGGACCCAAAAUUCCUGUGUCGACACGCGACGGCGACGAAGAACAAUCCCUUUUGACCCGAUACCUCAACGAUGUACUACAGACUCUGCUCGCUGCGUUGGACCAACGCGCCAAAGGACUGAGAGCUCGAUCGGGCAUCUCGGCGAUCUUCCUACUCAACAAUGUCUCGUUCAUCCGGAGGGAGGUCUUGUCGUCACAAGUUGGGGAUGUAUUGGGAGAAGCGUGCGAGGACGCGUUGAACAAGUUGAUGAGGACGACCAAGGCCUCGUAUCUGGAAAUUUGGUCCCCACUCGUGUCAGCCUUGUUGGACGCAGGCUUGGAACAAUCCGGUGCAGCAGGCGCGAUCAAAGCCGCCGUCAAAGGAGGUGGAGGUGGAGGCAACGAAAGGGCUCAAACCAAAGAUCGCUUCCUGCGUUUCGGGGAUGGUUUGCAAGAAGUGGAGAAUCUGCAUGCCGUGGCCAAGUUGGACGAAGGGGAACAAGAGUUGAAGGAGAGGUUGAAGGGCGAGGUCGAGAGGAUGAUCGUGCCGACUUAUACAAAGUUCUUGGCGAAGCAUAGGAAUGGCGAUUUCUCCAAAAGUGAGUGAUAGGGUGGAGAAGACCCUUUUAUCUCGAGUUCUCUUCGAAAGAUGGCUGACCGAGGACUGAUUCUCUCGCGACUAGAUCCUGAAAAGUAUCUCAAGCUCGACGCGGAUCAACUCGAGGCUCGCAUUCAAGCCAUCUUCGAGUAG